AUGGAUGAGCUGAGAUUAAAGUCUAAAGAAGUGGGUAAGAAAGGAGAUGGUUCUUACACGAGUUUGCCCGUAAUGGCUUGUGUCUGUAUGGAUUGGAAUGUAGGUGAGGUUACAAUACGAGUUGUACCUGCAUGUUCUGAGCAAUUAAAGCCUUUAGUUGGUCAGAGGUUCGAAUCAUUAGAGUUUGCACUCGCGUUUUAUGAUGUGUAUGCUAGGGCCGUUGGGUUUGACACGCGCGAACAAGGUGUGAUGAAGGUGGAUGAAGUUACAACGUGGUAUUAUGUCGUAUGCAAUAGGGAGGACCAUAAGAAGUCCAUCGACGAUGACCAGCUGAAUGCACGUUCCGAUUUAAAUAUACCAGAAUUCCCAAUAGAACUUAAACCAUUUGUUGGUCGUAGCUUCCCUACAUUGGACAACGUAAUUGAGUUUUACGAGAACUAUGGGCGACGUGUCGGAUUUGAUACAAGGAAGAACGAGUCAAAGAAGGUUGAUGAUAUCACCAUAUGGUUUUACAUGGUGUGUAACAGAGAGGGUGAACAGAAGUUUAACGAUCAACAACCCAAACGACGACGCAAAUCCAAAAAAUGUGGAUGUAAUGCUUCUAUUGCUUUCAAAUUUGAUUCAGAUCGUGGUUACGUAAUUCAACACUUUAACAAAGAACACAACCAUCCCAUGGUUGCGGUACAACACCACAAGUUCAUGAGGCUAAAUCGUCAACUUGAACCAAUUCAUCAAAAAUUUAUUUCAGAUUGUGCUGGUGCUAAUAUCGGGCCAUCUCUAACUUUCAAGCUGCUGACUGGAUUGAUGGGCGGUUAUGAGUCUGUUGGGUGUACUGUGUUGGACAUUCGCAACUAUACACGGGAUAUCAGAAGAUACGCUGAAGGAUGUGACGCCCAAAUGAUAAUAGAUGAGUUGAAGAAGAAGAAGGAAAAUUGUGAUGCCUUCACGUACGAGUAUGAAGUUGAUUCCCGGAGUCAUUUGAUUCAUUUGUUUUGGUGUGAUCCUAUUGCCAAGAUGAAUUUCUUGCAAUUUUGUGACAUCGUUUCGUUCUAUACUACGUACUCAACUAACAGAUGGUGUAUGUGGCACAUUAUGGCAAAGGUAGCUGAAAAGGUUCCUAAGUCACUUCUUGGAAAUACUGAUUUUAAAAAGGAUUUAAAUUUAUGCAUUUGGUCUGAGUUGAUUGAACCCACUGAGUUUGAAGACAAGUGGAAGAAUGUGAUGGAGACUUUUGAUCUUAUUGGCUCUGAAUGUAAUGCAGUUGACGCCCAAAGAAACUACUCUGCAAAGCUGGAUUAUAUGGAUUAUAAUACCACUGCAAAGAUGAAGACAAAAUGGUCUAUUGAGAAGCAUGGAUCCACAAUAUUUACUGAUGGUGCGUUCAAGGAAAUUCAAGAACAGAUUAUGGAGGCUUAUAACCACUGCAGUCUGGUAUCGAUAUCUAAUGAUUCAAGUCCAGAGGUUUACAAGGUUUUAGAUCAUUUUUCAAACACAUGGUCGGUCACAUUAUCUGUGGAGGAUUCUGUUUGUGUAUGUGGUUGUAAGAUGUUUUCGAGGACUGCUCUUGUAUGCUGCCACAUCUUCCUUGUGUUGAAGAAAAAAAAAUUCCGAUUAAUUCCUGAGUAUAUGAUUGGAGGUCGAUGGUUGAAAUCUUCUCUGCUUAAGGGUGUUCAUGGCGUCCAAAACUCAGAUGUAGCAACGCAUGUUUAUGUUGAUGAGAAGAAGAAGGCUCAAGCAAUUUUGUUGGGAGAGAUGUGGGUCUUUACCAAGUGGUGUCUGUUGAUAUUGAUCAAAUCCAUGAGCUGA